AUGGCCACGAGCGAGGACGCAGCACAGAUAACACUUGAUGUCGCAACUCCGCAUGAGAUUAGAAUAACCAGCCAUGGAAAGAUACGUGCAUGGGUUGAAUUUGCUUUGAACUUCUUCAAGGAGAAUCCCGAGAGACCGUUGGUUCUACAUACUCUACCAGCCCCGACGCCUGAAACGAAGAAGCCUCGCAUCCAUAGCGCAGUAGCUAACGUUCCGCGACUGAUCUCCGUAGCAGAGAUCAUCAAACGAGAAUACCUUAAAACGCUCUCUCCCGAGCAGUCUGAAGCGGGGAAACUUUCAGGUCUGCAUCAGUACAAUGAGAUAGGCACAUUCGAAGACGACAAUCAAGGAGACCCAGAAGAAACGCCAGAGCAGGCCAGACAGCGGGCUAUCACCGCUGCUCUGCAGGGCAAGAGACAUUUGAGACAACAUAAGGUUGCGUUCAUGAAAGUGACACUGUGUCGGAAGGAGCUUUCAAACCCAGUGGCGCAGGGUGCAACAUACCAAAAACCGCAAAUACGAAAUUUGUCAAAAUCGGCUAGAACACGCCUCAAAAGGAGGGAGAAGAAGGAAGCUAUGGUGCAAUGA